AUGGCCGAGAUCCGUCGCAAGCUCGUCAUCGUAGGCGAUGGUGCCUGCGGUAAGACCUGUCUUCUCAUUGUCUUCUCAAAGGGUACCUUCCCUGAGGUCUACGUCCCCACCGUCUUUGAGAACUAUGUCGCCGAUGUCGAGGUUGAUGGCAAGCACGUCGAGCUUGCUCUUUGGGAUACGGCUGGCCAAGAAGAUUACGACCGUCUCCGUCCUCUUUCAUACCCCGACUCGCACGUCAUUUUGAUCUGUUUCGCCGUCGACUCUCCCGAUUCCCUUGACAACGUCCAGGAGAAGUGGAUUUCCGAAGUCCUGCACUUCUGCCAGGGUCUUCCCAUUAUCCUGGUUGGAUGUAAGAAGGAUCUGCGUCACGACCCCAAGACCAUCGAGGAGCUCAACAAGACCUCCCAGAGCCCCGUCAGUGCUGAACAGGGUGAGGAGGUUCGCAAGAAGAUCGGUGCCUACAAGUACCUCGAGUGCUCCGCCCGUACAAGCGAUGGUGUGAAGGAGGUCUUCGAGGCCGCCACUCGCGCGGCUCUGCUGAAGAUCACCAAGGGUGGUCGCGGUGGCAAGAGCGGCAAGAGCAAAUGCUUGAUCCUGUAA